AUGACCCUUCAGCGCAGAUGUUCUGCACAGGCACAACCAGAUCUCGUGUACCUCAAGCAAGCUCCACCAAUCGCAUCCACGAGACCCCCCCCAGCCCGCCCCCGUCUCGCGUCUCCUCCCUUGCAAAUUCAUCCUAUCCCAUUCAUCCCUAUUUCACCCACCUUUGCAUUGGUAUGAUGUACAGUACUGUACCUCCGUGGGCCCUCUGCACGACCCGCGUGCCUAUCGCUGUGUGACUCAGAUGGUGCUGUCUAAGACCGUACGCACGCUGCUGCUUCUCGUGGCCACUGUGUCGCUCUGCAGCGCCUCGCUCCUCAACAGACGUCGCGGUGGGCGGGGCACGCACUCGGGGCACCAGAGCAGCGACGCGGAACAUCGAUUGAGUGGCGGCCUUGCUGUCUGGCUGUCUGUGCAGCAAUCCGUUACCACGGGCCGACUGAUUGCGACAAGGACAAGACUGCAAGGAGAAAGGAGAGAAGCUUAAGUGCUUCAAGAGGAUCUGGGACGACGUGACCCAAUCCGAGCAGACACCCAAACAGGGAGUCUGCCGGGUAUGCAUACAUGUAGCGAGCUGGACUUGCGGCGUUCCCUCGUGCCCACGUGUCUCGUAUUGUUUGUUUUUGUGUGGGCGUGCAGACCUCCGGAGUGCAGGGCGACAAAUGGUAAGUACGCGGCCCAUGCACCCGAUCAAACAUAGCUAGUAGAUGAUUCAGAACUGGCUCUUUCUCCAUGUGUGUCUGCAGCUGGCCAGGCCACGGGUGUGGCGUGUACCAGGGGCAAUUGCCCGAUAAGCCCGUGUACGGCGAGAAGCCCCUGUGGUGUCUCCCCAAGGACAUCCCAAGAGAGGGGCCCCUCGGAGCCGGUCUCUUGCAAGCGAGUGGCCCCUUCAUCUGCAACCGAGAGGCAAUCGACGUCAAGAAGGACAGGCAGGCGCGAGGUUUGGAGUGAGAGUACUGAGUGAGUGAAUUACUGUGUGUUGAGUCGCAUUGGCGUGUCUGUCAAUCCAACCCGAAGCCCAAGUUCCAAGAUGCAUCCAUCCGACACAUGUGUGCGUGAAUGGCCCGUGGCGCACAGCCAGGCCAGGCCAGGGAGGCGGAGAGAACCGACCACGCUGAUGCAGUGAAUCCGUCCCC